AUGGCUGGCAAAGGGUUAUUCGUCGACGAAGAAGAGCAUGACGCCGUGGUGGUGAAGGAGGAGCCGGUGGACGUCGUGGUCAUGGACGUCGAUACCCCUGAAGCCACGGAGACGGGCUCGAUUGACGCUGAGGAGGCCGAUUCGGAUACGCGUGCCGACGACGACAGCGAUGACCCCGUGAUCAACACCGUCCCCGUCCUCCUUAACCAAGUUUCCGAAGGAUCAUAUCACAUAUUACAGUUCCCCGGUCGCCCUAAGCUGCGAGAUUUGCCUGAAGACAUCAAACCAGCAGUCAAACCAAAGCUGAACUAUUUGCAGAUCAAGCAGCCGUUGGACACGUCCAAGUUCUUCAAUGUCAACAAGCAAGACCUGUGGGGGGAGGAGAUCGGUGAGCAGACGGUGGAAGGUGUCUUGGACCCGGCUAAGGGGAUGUAUGUCUGUCGAGUCGUCGACGGUAAGGUGGUGAUGACUCCCAUCGCGCUGUCGGUACAAUUACGACCUAAGUUCGAAUAUAUUGAUGCCGUUGAUAAGGCAUCGGCUGCGGCUCAACGGAAGGAGCACGAGCUGGCGGCGAAACCGCAGACGAUGCAAAUAUUGCUGUCCGUCGCCAAGGCCCCUACCCAGAACUUAAAUGCUGACGGCUACAACGGGGCGUUGGGCGAAGCCUUGCGUUAUAUCAAGCAAUUUGACGAAGAGGAAUGGGUCGGGUUAAGCUGGAAGAGCGAGGGGAUUGACGAGGCCCUUCCCAAGCCGGAAGAAGAAGUGAUCACCACCACCGCCACCAAGAGCGACUAUAUAGACAUGAUCACCUCUGAUCUCGCCAACUUAUGA